AACUAUACAUUAUAUUACUCUCAAUAUAAUGCUCCAAAGCUCCAUGUUUUAAUAGCAAACAAAUUCAUAAGGUUUAAACCUGUUGUGUCGAUUCCAGUAAGCAUUUGUCUACCUGACUCACCCUUAAUGGUUAAAAAGGUGAGCAAACACUAGUAAACUGAAACCUUAUUUUGAUUACUAUUUUGCUACGUGCAUGUUACAUGGGAAGCGGCGAGAGAGUUAAGCAGAACGUCUCCCAUGCAGAGGCGUGCGUGGACUCCCUUUGGUUAUGACACUCGCGUAGCAGCUGAGUGGGAGUUUCAUCUGCAUGGUACGCGCACGCAGAGUGUCCGCAGUCGGAGCAGGCUGCGCAGUGGACCGGGCACGGCGGAUGCAGGUGGAUGCUGGCCCAUCGCGGGGCUCUCUCCUCUCCCGGACAGAGGGCAAGAUGCCCCCGACCGAGCUGCAGCAAUGCCUGGACCGCGUCAUCAGCCGAGUCGAUGAAAUCAUGCAGCAGGAGGUGCGCCCCCUUCUGGCGGUGGACAUCAUCGAGCAGCUGCACCGCAGGUUCGCCGUCCUGUCAGGAGGAAGAGGGAAAGAUGGUGCCCCCAUCAUCACCUUGCCCGAGUGCUCGGGGUUCGGCGAGCUGCCGGAUCAAGACUUCCUGAACGUCAUCACCUACCUGACCAGUAUCCCGAGUCAGGAGGCAGCCAGCAUCGGCUUCAUCGUAAUCAUAGAUCGGCGGCGGGACAAAUGGACGUCGGUGAAAGCAUCCCUGGCGAGGAUAGCGGGGGCGUUUCCGGGAAACCUUCAGCUGGUCCUGGUUCUCCGACCGUCGCGCUUCUUCCAGAGGGCCAUGGCCGAUAUUGGAAUCCGGUUGCACCGCGAUGACUUCAAAAUGAAGGUAGUCAUGCUGAGCUCGCUGUCUGACUUGCACAUCUACGUGGACAAAGGGCAACUGACCACUGAACUCGGAGGGAACCUGGAUUACAGUCACAGUCAGUGGAUACACCAUCGGACAGCCAUCGAAAGCUUUGCAGCUGCCGUUAAGGUCGCGACUCAGAAGUUGCAGAAGUUUGGUGCCGAGCUCACUGGCGUGGAGCUGCCUGUGGACGUGCAUGGUGCUGAGGAGCUGUUGUGCGCUCACACAGCGAGACACAACGGGCUGCAGGAUGACCUCCAUCUGGCAGUAAGACAGGGAGCUACUCUGCUUUCCUGUAUCAGAGAAGCUGCAAACAAAACAACAAGUGGCCGUCUCAGCCCUGAUGAAAAAGAGAACUUGGAGACAGUGGAAAGGCUGGUUUCUCAGCUGGAUGAAACGAAAGCUUCUCUUGAGCGGUGCUGGUCCAAGCACCACCGGAAAUUGGAGCAGUGUUUGCAGUUCAGGCAGUUUGAGCAGGAUUGUGUGGAGGUGAAGAAGUCUCUGGAAGCUUGGAUGGAAGAGCUGGAUUCCAUCUCGGACGUCGGGAGCUGCAUGACCGGAGUGCAGGAGCAGCUUAGUGAAGUGAAAGCUUUGAAAGAGAGAGCUCAGGAGGCCUUGCAAAGGGCCCUGAGGCACGCUCUACACGGUGACUGGCUUAUUGAAAAUGGUCACUAUGCCGUCGACUCCAUCGAGCCCAAGUGCUCCGAGCUGAGGCGCGUUUGCGGUUACUUCUCUGAUGAGGUUAAGCGGAAGUGUGCCGUGCUGGAGAAGUUCCUUCGAAUCCACCAGCAAGUGGACAAGGUGAACAAGUGGUGCGAGUCAGGCAUGUACCUGCUGGCCAGCCAAGCUGUGGAUAGGUGCCAGUCUCAGGACGGCGCCGAGGCUGCCCUGAGAGACGUCGAGUCCUUCAUAGAGACUGUGAAGAAGGAGGAGCUGACCAGUUUGCGGGACCUGCAUGCCCAGUGUGAUGUCUGCCUUCCCGUGGAUCUUGAGGGAAAGUUGCAGAAGGCUUUGGAAAGGUUGGAUGAAGUCCAGGAGAUGUUUGAAAAGAGGCAGGCCAGCCUGAAGAAGUUGUCAGCCAAGCAAGCUAGGCCAGUUCAGCCAGUGGCCCCGCACCCGGAGUCCUCCCCAAAGCACCACCCAGCCUCAAAUCACAGGACGUCAGAGAUCCUGGGGUUUUCAAAAUUACCUGCUGACGCCGACGCCUCAAAAAGAAGAAACCUUCGGAAGACAAAAGGGGGCAUCAAGAUUGAAGUUAUGCAUGAAGCCAGCCAGGGGGGGUUAAGUCAUAUUUUGGUGGCCAGCGAUAUAGAGGAGAGUUUAUUCGACAGACGAAGACACAUCAUGAAUGAACUGAUUGAAACGGAACGGCUGUACGUUGAGGAGUUGCAAAGUAUCAUGGAGGGUUAUGUUGCCGAGCUUGAAAAAGCUGACUUAUCUCGUCCGAUACCAUCAGUGUUGGAAAACAACCAGGAUGUGCUUUUUGGCAAUCUCUCUGAAAUCUAUGACUUCCACAACAGAACAUUUCGGAAAGAGCUGGAAAAUUGCAUUGAGAAUCCAGAGUUAGUUGGGGCAUGCUUUUUGAAAAGGAAAGAAGACCUGCAGAUGUAUGAGAAGUAUUGUCAGAACAAGCCGCGAUCUGAAGCUCUCUGGCGACAGUGUGUGGAAUCUUCCUUCUUCCAGGAAUGCCAGAAGAAGCUGGAGCACAAGCUCUCGCUGGACGCUUACCUGCUGAAGCCAGUGCAGAGGAUCACCAAGUAUCAGCUGAUGCUGAAGGAGAUGCUCAAAUGCAGCACGAACUCUGAAGACACUGCCCAGCUACAGGACGCUCUAGCAACCAUGCUAGAUAUCAUCAAGUCUGUCAACGAUUCCAUGCACCAGAUUGCCAUCACUGGCUUUUCGGGGAACCUAAACAACCUGGGCAAGCUGCUGAUGCAGGGCUCGUUCAGUGUGUGGACAGAGCACAAGAAAGGACACAGCAAGGUGAAGGACCUGGCGCGCUUCAAGCCCAGGCAGAGACACCUCUUCCUUUACAGCUCCAUGCUGCUCUUCUGCAAGCGGCGUGAGGACUCCGCAGACAACCACGAGCGCACUCCGUCCUACAGCUUCAAGCACUCCCUGAAGAUGAGCGAGGUCGGAAUAACAGAAACCGUGAAGGGGGACAGCAGGAAGUUUGAAGUGUGGUGCAGUGGAAGAGAGGAGGUCUACAUCAUUCAGGCCCCUUCCACAGACAUGAAGAACAUGUGGGUAUCGGAGAUGAGGAAGGUAUUGACAGAACAACUGGAGGCCUGUAGAGAGGCCAGACAGCUGCACCAAAGGGUGACCGAUCACAUAUACCCCCCACUGCUGAAUGUGUCCAUUGUGAGCAGAGCCACAAGGAAGGCGACCUCGCGGAAGCUGGUGCCCUCUAGGUCCGAACCUGGAGGCUGUGGGAGGGGCCGCGGUCCAGGGGGCGAAUGGCAGCUCGGCGACCCGCCACGCAGGAGACACACACACACAGGACAGGACCACAAAAACCUGCGAUCGUUGGAAUUGGAGGACUUGGAGAUCAUCCGAUCGAGCACUGAGGAGCUCUCGAACACCUCCGAGGAGGAGACUGUUAGCAAAUACGAGGAUUGUUUUCGGGUCCAGAUGAUGUACGAGAAUGCGAUGGCAGCCCAGUACCUGACUGUCGGGCCGGGGGAUGUGGUGCAGUUCUUGGAGGAGGCGGGCAGUGGGCAGUGGCUAGUCAAGAACCUUGUUACUCAGAAGACGGGUCUGGUUCCGCCCAGAAUCCUGGGAGACUUUCACGAAUACAGUGACAUUGAUGUAUUCAGUGACAUGUGCAGCGCUGCUUUGACAGACACCGAGGAAACCGAUGAGAAAUAAGCAGCAGGACCCAGGCUGGCCUAUGGAACUUGAGGUCCUGUUUUACCUUCUGCAUAGUCCCCCUGCUGGACAAAGUGGGACUUGCAAGCACAAGGCUCUUCUGUAGCUGCUAAGCUCCUUUAUAAAUCCUACAAAGGACUACAAAACCCAGUGACCCAUUAAUGGCUCACUGCUGCCUACAGAUUAAGACUACAAGUCCCAGCUGUGCCUGCAUUGCCAUGUUCUCCAGCUCUGUAAAACAUGAACAUGCAACAGUGUCAACUGGCAGAAUUAUGAAAGUUGACCUGACCGGCACUUUUCUUUUUUUACUCUCAGUAGCAAUAGGAAACCUUUGCCAUAUAUUAUUAAUCAACUUUUAGAAAGGUAGUGGGGCUGUUGGUGGAUUUUAAACUUAGUAAAGCUGACUGGAUUUUAUAUACAAAGAUACCGUUCUCGUAACAACAAUGACAGGAAAGCUGGACUAAUUUUCAGUGCCAGUAAUAUGGUCCAGGAUGGGCCAGAAUGUACUUCAGCUCUCAGCUUUAAAGCAAACGAACGACUUUAAAAUUACUGUCCUACUGAACACUUUAAACUGAACGUUUAAUACAAUAGCUGCUUGAUGGCAUCCUUACUCGAACACAAAGCUUUAUAAAUGCAGUAUUAAAUUAAAAUUGUAAUGUUUUGAAUUCCAUAUUUUAAAUUAUACAGGAGCAGUUUUUCAUCGUUGUGUAAGAAGUCACCAUUGCUUGUAAUAAACGUAUCUAUACUCAAA